GGAGAGGAGGCGGAGCGCGCCUGGCAGGGCCCCCCAGGGCUGUGCUCGCUGCAGCCGCGGCGCCCCCGGACUCGCUCGACCCGGGCGGCGGCCGCGGGACCCACGGAGGAGACGGCGGCGGCGCAGACUCCGGCGUGGACUGUCAUGGGCUCCGCGGGGAGUCAGCGCCUCAAAGAGCCCACCAUGGCGGGCACCCCUGAAGGCAGCACCGUGACCAGCUUCAGCAUCGACAGCGACCAGCCUGAGGCAGGGGCAAGAGGUGCCCCGCUUUUCUCCGACUCUGACUCUGAUGCGCCAGUGCCCGGAGACCGCUACCAUGCCAUCUACUUCGCCAUGCUGCUGGCCGGCGCGGGCUUCCUGCUGCCCUAUAACAGCUUCAUCACGGACGUGGACUACCUGCACCACAAGUACCCAGGGACCUCCAUCGUGUUUGACAUGAGCCUGACCUACAUCCUGGUGGCGCUGGUGGCUGUGCUGUUCAACAACGCGCUGGUGGAGCGCCUGAGCCCGCACACCCGGAUCACCGCGGGCUACCUCCUUGCCUUGGGACCCCUCCUCUUCAUCAGCAUCUGUGAUGUGUGGUUGCAGCUCUUCUCUCGGGACCAGGCCUACGCCAUCAACCUGGCCGCGGUGGGCACCGUGGCCUUCGGCUGCACAGUGCAGCAGUCCAGCUUCUAUGGCUACACCGGCAUGCUGCCCAAGAGGUACACGCAGGGGGUGAUGACGGGGGAGAGCACGGCGGGCGUGAUGGUGUCGCUGAGCCGCAUCCUCACGAAGCUGCUGCUGCCCGACGAGCGCGCGGGGACGCUCAUCUUCUUCCUGCUGUCGGCGGCGCUGGAGCUGCUGUGCUUCCUGCUGCACCUGCUGGUGCGCCGCAGCCGCUUCGUGCGCUCCCACACGGCGCGCCCGCGCCCGCGCCCCGCCCGGCCCGGCUACCGCGCGCACCACGACGUGGCGGCGGGCGACGUGCGCUUCCUGGAGCACCAAGGCGCAGCCCUGGACGGCGGCGGGUCCCCGAAGGACAGUCCAGUCCACGAGCUGCCCCGCGGCGGAGCGGGCGCCUACACGCGCUUUGACGUGCUCCGGCCCCGGGCGCGGCGGAGCUGGCCGUCCUGCAGAGCCCUGCUGCUGCACCGCUACGCCGUGGCGCGUGUCAUCUGGGCCGACAUGCUGUCCAUCGCCGUGACCUACUUCAUCACGCUGUGCCUGUUCCCGGGUCUCGAAUCCGAGAUCCGACACUGCGUCCUGGGCGAGUGGCUGCCCAUCCUCAUCAUGGCCGUGUUCAACCUCUCGGACUUCGUGGGCAAGAUCCUGGCAGCCCUGCCCGUGGACUGGCGAGGCACGCACCUGCUGGCCUGCUCCUGCCUGCGCGUGGUCUUCAUCCCCCUCUUCAUCCUCUGCGUGUACCCCAGUGGCGCGCCCGCCCUCCGCCAUCCGGCCUGGCCCUGCAUCUUCUCACUGCUCAUGGGCAUCAGUAACGGCUACUUUGGCAGCGUGCCCAUGAUCCUGGCCGCCGGCAAAGUGAGCCCCAAGCAGCGGGAGUUGGCAGGGAACACCAUGACCGUGUCGUACAUGACGGGGCUCACGCUGGGCUCCGCCGUGGCCUACUUCACCUACAGCCUCACCCGGGACGCCCCCAGCGACUGCUCCUUCCCUACCACCUCCAACACCUCUGUCCUCAUCGGCCUCUGAGCCCCGACU